AUGCUCAGUAUAUUCAGAAAUCCCUCGCUAUGGCUUGCCGCUUCGGCGAUCCCUGUUGGAGCCCAAUAUGCCCCAGUUCAAGCAGCCCCGAGCCCAGCGCCGACAAGUGGCGGCGGCUCCUGCGCCUCCCAAAGCCUUGUUGACCAAUGCGUGGCUACAAUGGGCCAUUCUCUUGCGAAAUGUACUGAAGAUGACUGGGAUUGCAAGUGCUCUGGGAGUGCCAAUAUUGCAAAUUGUUAUGUAGAUUGUCCAGAUGAUCCCGCCCGGUUCUCCGCUGAGUUGGUUAGUGAACAAGACUGUGCUACUGCCAAUGCGUACGACAAAGGACAAACCUCAGUUGCGGCUACAUGGACGACCCCAGGGCCUGAUAAGGUUGUUGCGACCCCCACAGACGACCUCGCCUUUGAAACUCCCACGAGCCAACCAACCAAGACAUUGAAUGAGGCGAACAAGGGUUCGAGUCCAUCUGAGGGAGUUGCGGCUAUGAAUCUGGUCACAAGCUGGCUCCCGUUGCUGGGUUUCGGAUUCGGCAUUAUGAUUUAA